UCAUAGGCCGCCUGAGAAUGAAGCUGACUGCUGGGAUGAAGCCCCAACUCCAGAUCAUUGGCCCGUUUAGCUGGUGGCUUAUGAUUAUUGGCGGCAUGACGUAACAGAGACUCAAACCUCGUCUGGGCGUGGUGCGCGCGCCUUGUAGGCAGAAACGAGAUACGGCAGGCAAUUCAAUCUGGGGGGCAGUGUCUGAGUGAGAUGACUGUAGUUACUGGGACCGAGUUAUUUUGCAGAUGCGGCUCUGCUUCUUAUUCCUUGCUCUGGAUCCUUCUACAAAGCCCGACUGCAUGGCAUCCUGACGCUUCGAGGUAUUAUUUGUUUAGUCAACUAAUUAACUUCCAACGUCAACGUCCAUUGCUAUGACUCAAUACCACGACAUAGAGUUGAGAGAAGCUGGCGAGGAAUUCCACGGUGAUGGUCGAGGUGCAGCCAACCAAGGGCCGUCAAACGUUUUAGCGAAUUAUAACGACCAAACCCUUCGUCGCGAUGCGAGACAGUUUGCUGUCAGACAGCUCGGUAUGAACGACCAAAACGGCGAUGUCGACAAUUUCAUCCGGGCCGCGUUUGUCGCACGGGACAGUGAUAUCUAUUAUGCCGUCGCUCGCGGUGUGUUAACAUACGCACCUGGAGAGUUAGACGUCGACUUAACUGAAGAAGAAAUGGUGGCACUACGGAAGGAGAAGGACAAGUUAUUUAACGAGCGCGGUAUCACCAUGGUUAAUUUGGCUGUAUCGUUGGCCGCUAUACUACAAGGUCAUGUCCAAUCAUCCAUCAAUGGCGCAUCGCUUUACGCAUCAAAGUUUGGCAUAUACACUUCGCGAGUUACUGCUACAGGCGCACACCAAUGGCAACUUGGAGGGGUGAAUGCUGUGCCAUUCUUUACAGCGGCUGUGCUAGGUUGCUGGUUAGCAUUGCCUGUCAAUAACCGCGUCGGCCGGCGCGGUGGUAUGAUGGUGUCUGCAGUUUUGAUCUUCAUCAGCUCUCUCCUCGCAGGCUUGACGGCUUUAAUUCUGAAGGAAGAAGACCGAUGGAAAUUUUUAGUUGGAGUGAGAAUUGUGAAUGGGAUUGGGAUGGGAAUCAAGGCCGUCAGUACUCCUAUUCUCGCCAGUGAAACGGCUAUUCGCUUCUGGAGAGGCUCCUUCGUGCUGGCGUGGCAACUAUGGGUCUCGUUCGGUAUUAUGAUUGGGUUCGUUUUAAACCUGAUAUUUGCCGCGAUUGUUCACAGCAUCUAUGGCGAUAGUAAUCAGGAACUCACCGUCUCCCUGAUUUUGGGGGCGCCACUCAUAUUUUCCAUAGCUAUGCUAGGGGCCGUCUGGAGAUGCCCUGAGAGCCCUCGUUAUUACUUGCGGGGCGGUCGAUCAAAAUACGAUCCUGGAACAGCCUAUGAAAAGCUCAAGCAAUUGAGAAACUGUGAGCUGCUUGCCAUGAAAGACAUAUACUUACUGCACAAGACAAUUGAGCAGGAGAGUCAAGAGACUGGUCUCGAUACCCUUGGAAGCAGCGUGUUUACCAAGUUCGGUCAGCUUUUUACGAGGAGACGACUUCGUAAUGCUCUUAUUAGUACCUCGGUUGUUAACCUUUCUCAACAACUCUGUGGCAUCAAUGUUGCGGCCUUUUACUCAGGAACUUUCUUCGUUUCAGUGCUAUAUGGAAACAACACAGACCAACUCAACUACGACUCCGUCAUUUCAGCUAUGAUCUUCAGCUUUGGAUUUGGAGCUGUAAACUUCUUUUUGGGCCUCCCAGCCUUUAAGACUAUUGACACCCUGGGGAGACGGAAAUGGUUGAUAUGGACGCUUCCAAUUAUGUCUUUCUUCAUGCUUGCUGGUGCAUUAACAUUCCCAAUACCAUGGGACCAGCGAACAGAUUACAACACUGUCCGAAUGGCGGCGUUUUGGUUAUAUCUCCAUGCGGCUGUUUACUCGCCUGGCCUUGGGCCAAUACCCUUCACGCUGGCUUCAGAAAGUUUCCCACUUUCCCACCGUGAACUUGGCUGCGCCUUUGCUAUCGCAGUUAAUCUCGGAUUCGCCGGACUUCUAACCAUCGUCUUCCCAACCAUCAACAGCAAGCUUUAUCCUUCUGGCACUCUAGGUUUAUUCUCAGGCUUUAACUUCAUUGCCUUUGUACUCGUCUAUCUUUUGGUAGAAGAAACAAAAGAGCUGUCGCUAGAGGACCUCAGCUACGUCUUGAACGUGCCAAAACGUGUUUUCAUACGACAGCAAGUUGAUUAUUUCAAUUGGUUCGCGAGACGGUAUCUAUUGGGUAGGAGGAAUGAGAUGGCCCCCGAAAUGGGUAAUGGCGCUGGAACUCAGCCGAUAAACAGCGAAAGAGUGCAAAUUCCUGAGGUCGAGGACCGAAGCUUUCGCACACACUCUGAAAGGGGAAGCAGAGUAUCAAGUAGCAGGUCUAUAUCACCACAUCACAUAGAAAACCAUGCUCACUGAUGUCAAAACGCACUGAGCUGCAGAACUGAAGGGAUUACUGGAUAUAGACAAAUAAUAUUGUAUCUUUGUGG